UCCUCCAUCCAACUUUUGAUUCAUGUUUCGCGCCUAAACUCAACUUAAAUUUAACAAAAAAAACUUAUAAUUUUUAUUAAUAAAAAGACUAAUUAAUAUAAUUUAUAAAAAAUGUCCUCAACCCGCAGAUCAACAAGACUGAAUAGCAUAAGUAAAACACCAACAAAACCCGACAACACAAAGUGGCGAUCAACAACAAAAAAUCAAACAAUUACAAUCGACAGCAGUGACGACGAAGAAAUUGAAAAUCGUAACAUGAAUUAUACACCAAAGUGUCUUUUAAAAAGUCCCAAAACACCUAAAUCUAAACCUAGACCGAAAUCAAAAAGAAAAGUUAUAGAAAAUUCCUCUGACAGUGAAACAGAAGAAUCUUCUGUUGUUGGUGUUUCGCCACCGAAACAAAGUCGUAUCCAGAAAUCAUCUAAUAAAGAUGAUUUACUUAGUCCAUCGAGACUUUUAGAUCGAUUAAGUAUUGACGAUGAAAAAGCAUUUGAAGAAGAGCGAAAAAUUGACGAAGCUAAAAGAAAUAAAUUUCAAAAUGCUCGACGUGUUUUAAAUAGCGCCGAAACGAAUUUCUUACCUGGACGAGAGAAAGAACUCGAAGAACUUCGUGAAUUCUUUCUUGAACAUUUGAUAAAUGAGAAAUCUGGUAGUUUGUAUGUUUCAGGUCAGCCGGGAACUGGCAAAACUGCUUGUCUAUCGAAAUUACUUAAAUCUGACGAAUUUGCAAAGAAAUUUGUUAAAGUUUAUAUAAAUUGCACUUCGAUAUCGACAAUUGGUAGCAUUUAUAAGAAAAUCUGCACCGAACUUAGUCUUAAAGUCGUUGGGAGGACAGAAAAAGACCAUUUAACUGCUCUUCGGAAGCAUUUAACCUCAAAUCACAAAAUGAUUCUGAUGGUUCUUGACGAAAUCGACCAACUUUGUGGUCAGAAACAGUCUGUUCUUUACACGAUCUUUGAAUGGCCAUCCAUUGCCAACUCGAAGCUUAUUCUAAUCGGGAUUGCCAAUAGUCUAGACUUGACUGAUCGCAUGUUAAUGCGACUGAAUGCAAAAUGUGAACUCAAACCACGUUUGAUGCAUUUCUCGCCUUAUACAAAGCAACAGAUUGUGGAUAUAUUCAAAUCCCGUCUGGAGGAGGCACAAGUUCUUGAUAUCUUUCCUCCUGUGACAAUUCAACUACUCGCUGCCAAAGUGUCGGCAAUAAGUGGCGAUGUUCGAAGAGCCCUCGACAUUGGUCGGCGAGUAGUUGAAAUUGCCGAGCAGCAAAAAAGAACUGGAGGAACACUUAAUCUCUCCGAAUUUGGGAUUGACACUAACUCCGAACAACAGCAACAAAAGCCAGUUCAAGUAACUCAAGUUAUGAGUGUAUUGAAUAAAGUCUAUGGAGCAUCUCAGAAUCUUAAUGACGAUAUUGAGGAGUCUUUUCCUCUGCAACAGAAAAUCAUUCUCUGCUGUCUAAUGUUGAUGUUGAAGAAAGAAAAGAAUAAGGAUAUUACAAUUGGACGACUUCAUGAUGUUUAUAAGCGAGUCUGUUCGAAAAGGAAUAUACUCGCAGUUGAUCAAGCUGAAUUUGUUGGAUGUAUGGAUUUGAUUGAGACUCGUGGGAUUAUUCGAGUAAUUCGAAGGAAAGAGCCGAGAUUGAAUAAAGUCCAGCUGCAGUGGGAUGAAGAAGAGGUUAAUGGAGCUUUGCAAGAUAAACAAUUGAUUGCGUCGAUAUUGGAUGAUGCUUCGUGUUUGGGGAGAUGAGGGUUGGGACAUUUUUGAGAAAAUAAAUAAAGAUAAAUUAUAUUUUUUAAU